AGGCCUGGGCGCGCGAUGGGGCGGGGGAGUCCAUCCGGCGGGCGGCGCGCGGCGAGUGGACGCGCACGGCUGGCGGAACGCAGGCAGCGCCGAGGGCAGCCAGGCGAACGCUGGGGCUUCGGCGGCGCCUGUCGGAGGCGGGGCAGGAAGGCCCGUGCAGCGCCUUAACCUCGCCGGGCGUGGGGAGAGGGCUCGGCCCGCGGUUCCCGCUGGGGGUGGCCCCCCACCCCAGGCCUCUUCAGAGGACACGUGUCAGUACUUUGUCGUCUCACCCCAUGUCAUAGCCCCUCCCCCAGGUCUGGGACCCCCCCCCCGUCCGUCAGGCUCCGUUAUCCCCAGGCCCAACCCCCCGCUGACCCGCGCGCGGUUCCGGCCGGAUCCCUCUCCUCCCUGGCCCGUCUCCCUGGGCGGCGAGCGGCCCGGCCCCCGCAGAAGACACUCGUCAGCACGUUCUCACCCCUGUCAUCUCAUCCCUCUGCAUAACUCACCCCAGGCUUAGGGACUCCGGCCCAUUGUCCCCGGACCCAGCCCCUCGCUGAACGCAGGCUCGGCCCUAGCCCCCGCCCGGCGCGUCUCCGGCAACACGCCGCGACCCGGGAUGCAGCCCACAAGCUGGGCGACCGUCAGGGAGGCGGCGGGCCGUGACGUGCUGGCUGCCGACCUCCGCUGCAGCUUCUUCGCCUCGGCCCUGCAGAGCUACAAGCGCGACUCUGUACUGCGGCCCUUCCCCGCAUCCUAUGCCCGCCAGGACUGCAAGGAUUUUGAGGCCCUGCUUGCAGAUGCCACUAAGUUACCCAACCUGAAAGAACUUCUCCAGUCCUCAGGAGACAAAGACACAUGGGCCUGGGACCUGGUGAGCUGGAUUUUAUCCUCAAAGGUCCUGACAAUCCACAGUGCAGGAAAGUCAGAGUUUGAAAAGAUCCAAAAGCUGACUGGUGCCCCUCACACGCCUGUCCCCGUGCCGGACUUCCUGUUUGAAAUUGAGUACUCCGACCCAGCCAACGCCAAAUUUUAUGAGACCAAAGGAGAACGAGACCUAAUCUACGCCUUCCAUGGGAGCCGCCUGGAAAACUUCCAUUCCAUCAUCCACAAUGGCCUGCACUGCCACCUGAACAAGACAUCCUUGUUCGGGGAAGGGACCUACCUCACCAGUGACUUGAGCCUGGCUCUCAUUUACAGCCCCCAUGGCCAUGGGUGGCAGCGCAGCCUCCUGGGCCCCAUCCUUAGCUGUGUGGCCGUGUGCGAGGUCAUCGACCAUCCAGACGUCAAGUGCCAAACGAAGAAGAAGGAUUCCAGGGAGAUAGAUCGCAGGAGAGCGAGGAUCAAGCACAGUGAAGGGGGAGACAUCCCUCCAAAGUACUUUGUGGUCACCAAUAACCAGCUCCUGCGAGUGAAGUACCUGCUGGUGUACUCACAGAAGCAGCCCAAGAGGGCUUCAAGCCAGCUCUCCUGGGUUUCCAGCCAUUGGUUCACGGUCAUGAUAUCCCUGUAUCUGCUGCUGCUGCUUAUAGUGAGUGUCAUCAACUCCUCAGCUUUCCAACACUUUUGGAAUCGCGUGAAGAGAUGAUCUUUCUGGGCCUGGUGUGGGGACCACCGCAACCACGUGCCUUAUGAUAACUUGUUCUGUCCCUCCCGGGCCUCACAUCCAGCUAGGUCAAGCCUGGGGGCCAGUUGGGGACCACAGGACAAUUUUUAUAUGCCAUAAAUGUAUCAAUUGCCUUUGAUGAUGCUCUCAGCCACACUCUAGUCAACGGAGGCUACUGGCCCCUAACUCUUAGGUUUUGGGGGAGAUUUCCUGUCUGCGCCUUCCUAAAUAGUCUUAGGGAGUUGUCUUUUUUGCCAGGGCCAAAGGAGAAAGUCCUGCUGCAUUUAAAAACAAAGUGUCCAGGCUGUCAGUGGGGUGUUUACAAUUGCUUCUGGCGGACGUUGGCCCUUCUCUAAUGCCUUCUGGAAGGCGGAAAUGUGUAGUGGGGACUAUAAAUCACUAGGCGGUUGCCUUGUUUUGACUUGAGAUACCCGAGAGGAACAGUCAUGUUUCCCAUAAAAAUCGGUGGGAUUGUUUUGAAUUCCAUCAGCCUUUGUAUGUGAGUGCAAAACACUUUCACAGUUUUCUCACAUUAACAGAGAGCCUUCUGCUACAGCUGUAACCCCUCUGCCCCAACCAUGGAUGAGAAAGGAAGGAGUCAGAGAACGGAUAGAAAACAAAGAGCAAAUCAAGUCAUCUUUUUCUAAAAAUUACCAACUGCUGAUUACAGCUGAAAUGGAACCAAAUGUUUGUUUUCUAAUUUUUUUUUUUUAAGUAGCUGUUUGACAAAUUAGUCUUUGUGAGCUGAGUAAAAGGGGAAAUUUCUAAACCUAGAGCACCAUUUGGCCAGUGUCCACAGCCUCUUUCCUGGCCGUAUUUUAGAGAGAAGGAUUUGAGCUGUAGGCCUGCCUCCUGCUCUCCUUCUCACGAACCUGCCUUGAUUGUGGCCUGUUAGCCACAGGUGCCACACUGCAGGCCUUCUGUGGGCAGCUGGCCUUUGAGAUAGAGGCCUGCCUCAGUGUGCCACGGAUGUGUGUGGGCUGAGCCUCCCUCACAGGGCCCGCAAGUCUCUGGGACUCAGCCUGGGCUUUAAAUGUUCAGGGAAAGCCUCAGGCUGCUCAGAGAGCCCUGGUUCUACCUGCUGUAUUCUCUGCCCCUCCUUCCUGCCCCGUGUCAGCUGUCACGGAGCCCUAUCUGAUUUAGGGGGGAGAUUUCUGUAAAGAAUGUGGAAAUUCACUUUUCUAUAAUUUGUGAGGUUGUGAAAAAGCCACUAUCCUGGUUUUUACAUUGAAUAUUGGAGCAUUUCAGAGAUAAUAAAGGUAUUUUCCUAAUUUC